ACAAUAAUUAACAUGCAUGCAUGUUCCACUUCCAGUGCAGUCGCAGAAGUUCCAGACCUCCUGCAUGUGUGAGUAAAAGAAGCGUUUUCAGCUUUUUUUCUGUUCAAUGGCAAUGCAAUGACGGCCAGAAGCAGCUAGCCACGGCAUUUGCGUCCAGGACAUACUAGCAAACAACUGCUGAAAGCAAAAAAAUCGUCAAUGAAUGUGAAAUCCCGUUGCUCCGCUAAAAACAGGUGUGCAGCACCUCGGACUGACUAUCGACUCAGUCGCUGCUAUGGAAGCUUUAUCGACUGCCGUCGUUCAGGCUGCUGGAGGUAUUUGUCCACCUGCUGGUUGCGAGCAGGAUAAGGAAAACAUUGCACUGCGGCAUGAUUCGGAGGAGGAGGAGGAAGAAGAGCCCGAGAGCUCCUUGCCCAGUACUUUGGAAGGCUCUCAUCUUCAAAUCAAUCUCCUCUCGGAGGCCAAGAGAGGCUUGGAGCGUACACUGCUCAAGCGGGAUGAGGAAAUUCAAAAGCUCCGUGCCCAGGUGGCCCGACCUCCUGGACAGAAUAUCAAUAUUUUCCAGUUGCCGACGAAUCCCGCGCCAAUGACGGUAGAGUCAAGUUCUCCCCUUCAGCUCGUGUCGCAAGAGCUGCAAACCCUUCAGGAAGUCCAUCAAGUACUGAUCAAAGAGCAUGAAGAUCUGCAUAUCAGAUGCCAGCAGGCUAAAGAUGUCAUGUUCCAGUGCAGUCGGGCGGAGGAACUGGCCAAGGAGAACCUAGCCAAAAUGGAGCGAACCAACGCCCUGCUCAACGAGGAAAUGGCUGAUGGCAGGCGUCGUGUGGAUGAGCUGACGGAGACCUGCAAGACACUGCGCAUCAACUGCGGUGACUUGGAGUCCAAGAUCAGGGAAAUUCAAGAGGAGGAAAAGCAGCGCAUUGCCAAUGAAGUGGAAGCACGUUGUCGAGACAAGUUGGAGUCCAGCCAAGAGCAGCACAGCAUGGAUAUGAUGCAACUAGUGGAACAGAAACAGCGCCUACUCCUCCGUGUUGAUAGUCAGAAUGAUCGCAUUGCCCAGCUUGAACGGUCGUUACAGGACUCGUGGAACAGUCGGCCUCGCUCACAGGCAAUAGACUUGGCAGAACACAUUGUUGCUGACGUUGCUGAUGGCCAGUGCGCCAAGACGAGUGGCCGCGGCAGUUUCAGUCCGGACCGGUCCAAGCCACCGGACAUGGACGAUAGUCGUACGAACCUGAUGACGACGAGCUUGCCGACCAAUAGCGCACUGCACAGGGGUGGGUCACUUCCAGCGCCCUUAUUAACGGGCUUCCGGGGCUUCUCGUUCACUCGCAGUCGCAGUGAUGGCAAUAGUCAGCAGCAAGCGGCGCAGUCAAUCAGAACGAAACUGCAAGACAUCAGUACAUCCAUGUCUGGGAAACUCAAGGAGAUGACAGCAACUUCGCCUAAGCUCAGCACUAGCUUUGAGAGCAGUCGACCAGCCAAACCACCGCCGGCUGUAUACAGCCAUUCACAACUGCCGCAAGCUGUCAAUUACCAAUGGAGUCCUCACAAAGGCGAGCUGACAGCGCUCAUGUUCAGUCCACGGGGAUCCUACCUGGCUACGGGGAGUUCGGAUUGUCUGGUGAAGCUCUGGGAAGAAGGAAGUCGAGAGUUUUCUCUUGUUCAUCAGCUCACUGGAUGUACACAGGGCAUUGCUCAGCUUGACUUUGACUCUGAGGAUACAUGUGUCCUGGCUGCGUGCAACGACAAGUCUGUACAGGUUUGGUCGCUGACGUCCGUCUCAAGUAGUGGAAAGCACGAAGUGUUCAACCACGGCGGCAGAGUGGCAUGUGCCAAGUUUCUGAAUGGUGACACAGAGAGAGUGGUCUCCGGUAGUUAUGACCGCAAUAUUCGGAUAUGGGAUGUUACGAAAGGGAAGUGCUUGUUCAGCCAACCAGUUCAGUCUACUUGUGUAGAUCUUGUGUCACCAUCUUCGUAUUCAACAAUCCCUCCGAUUAUCUCUGCUCAUAUGAGUGGACAUCUACAUCUGUGGGAUUCCCGGCUUCAGACCUAUGCUGAAGCUAUGGCGUUUCCUGGGAAGAUGAACUCCCUGGCACUCUCACCAGAUGAACGCUACCUAGCCUGCCUCAUGAACCAAAGGGAGAUUAUCGUAGUUGACAUUCGAUAUCGUCAGACUGUCCACACCCUAUGUGCGGACGGUUUCAACACAUCACGUCAAUCAUCACGUGUUGUCUUCAGUUGCGACGGUUCGUACAUCGCCGCUGGUGGUCAGACAUUAUUCAUAUGGAGUGCAGACACAGGAAAACUCGUCAAAACACUUGACAUGGAAAAGAGCAAGUCUCCGAUGUUCUCGUGUGCCUGGUACCCUAGCGGGUCAGCUUUCCUCACGGCACAUCCAAGCGGUGCCACCACCUGGACAUGUUAGGCACGUUGCUUCUUUUUUUUUUUACACGAAUAGUUAUUACGAAGCACAUUGCUGCUUCUUGCCACUUUUUAAUUUUGCUGGCGGGGCUGGUCCUUCUGCUUGCUUCUCUUUUUACUCAUUUUAAUUUUUUAAAGGUAUACUCUGGGCUGGUUUUAGAGCAGUAUUUCGAUAGAUGGCACUGCAAGUGAUUCUAUUUUUUAGGGCGUCUUGUUCAUUUGGCUCUUUUUUAGAAACUCACCUUGAUUCAGUUUGUAGGCCGCAAUGCAUGUGUAUAUCCAUCGUCUUCUCUGCUUUCCUCUUUCGCUAAUGUCAUGUAGACAUACCGCUGCUGCUUUUGAACAUUGGUUUCUUUCCUUGACGACGCGAUUGCCUCUUUUCUUGGCCUGGCCAUUCAUGCCAUUCUCCUUUCUCAUUACCCUGGCCUUUUCAGCUUGAUUUUAGACUACAAUUUUAUGUAUCGCACAUUCUUAUAUUAAUUUACCAUUUCUUAUUCUACUUGCAGAGCAUUCUUAUUCUAUAUCUACCUGUUUGAGCAUUGCUGGAAGUCUUCUGGUGCUAUCUUGCAUUCCUUUUCAACAGACUGAGAUUGAUCUCAUGAACUGUAUUUGCAAUGUUUGCUGUUUAUCCCGUGUCAGCGUUUGUCUAG